GCGUCAGUAGUCAUCUAAUCUGAACACUGUUGUUUGGGCGACUCGUUUUUUUUAAAUCUCGGCUCAGGUUGUGAUCGAAAUGAAGUGUUCCUUUCUAAUCAUACUGUUGCUGGGAACCACGCUGUCCUGCUUGGAGUCUGCACCUCAAAGUUUCGAUACAGAAUCAGUGUCUAAACUGUUGAGCAUACUGAAAGCAGAGAAGGGACUUAAAUGGAAUGACCAGGCGGAAGAGGGCAUAGAGACGAUCAUCGAAGACGAGGAGGGCGGCCAAGAUCCUGAACAAGAAUCGGAAAUCGUCAAGGAUGAGAUUGCUAUGGCAUUCAAGAGGAUCCUGAUGCUCGACCCGAGCGCCGAGAUGCAAAUGAAAGAUCAGUUCCGAAGCAUCCUUGGACAUGACAAAGCCGAAGCAGUCUUUCAGGAGGCGGAGAAGAUAAUGUGGCAGGAGCUUCAAGAGCAAGCGAAGAUUGACCAAGAGUUGGGACUCAAGACGAGCGAAAAGAAGGCCUUCAGCAAGUUGGUGAAGGACGUGGAGCAUGGGAAAGAUCCACUUCACGAACGUUCAAAAAUAGAAAAGAAAAUCAAAGAAGACGCUGCCAAGAUACUUUCACUGGCCCCUGAGGAGCAAGAAGAAGAGAAAAACCGGUUCUAUGCAGAGUACGGAGAAGAGACGGGAGAGAAAGUGUUCCAAGCGAUCAGAAUCAUCCACGAAGAGGCGGAAAAGAAAGCUGCUGCGUCUGAAGUCGCACAUCAGGAGCUGCAGGAGCCAGCUGCUGCUACCAGCUAGAGGCUGGAGCGAGGGAUCAAUGGGCCAUGGGGUCUUUGAGACAUAUCUUUACUGUUUACAUUAGUAAACAGAAGGUAUAUAUAAGAUUCUUGGAUCUAACGUGAUUUUUGAAACUGGGAAUAUUGGCAAUGCUAAAAUUUACAAUAUGUUCACAAGAUCCGAGCCAAACAAUACUUCGCAUUUGACGGACCCAAGGGAUAAUUUAUAUCUAAAGAACAUGUCUUGUAACGGAAACAGCUUGUCUUAGAACAAGUAUGUCAGAAUUACGCUAUUUUCAUGACUUGCUACAGAACAUGAGUGAUUGUCCACGCCUAUAGGAAGUAACAAUACUCUGUAUUGAUAUUACAUGUACUUGCUACUGAAGUAAAUAAAACUUAUACUGAUGAUGAGUGAAUGAAUGAA